CUCGCCCGGAAGUGGAGGGCGGCGCGGGGCAGGCCGGGAUGGAGGAGGAAGAGCUGGACUUGGCCUGCGAGCUGGAGGCGGCUCUGCAGCUGGCCCCCGAGGUGCAGCUGGCCGUCGAGCAGGUUUUCCCCAGCCAAGAUCCUCUUGACAGGGCUGAUUUCAACGCUGUCGAAUAUAUUAAUACGCUCUUCCCAACCGAACAAUCUUUGGCGAACAUUGACGACGUGGUGAAUAAAAUCAAGCUGAAAAUAAGGCGCUUGGAUGAUAACAUCCGGACUGUGGUGAGGGGGCAGACCAACGUGGGACAGGAUGGCCGGCAGGCUCUCGAGGAGGCCCAAAAAGCCAUUCAGCAGCUCUUUGGCAAGAUCAAGGACAUCAAGGAUAAAGCGGAGAAAUCCGAGCAGAUGGUUAAAGAAAUUACCCGCGACAUCAAGCAGUUGGACCACGCCAAGCGUCACUUGACUACCUCCAUUACGACCCUGAACCAUCUCCACAUGCUGGCCGGCGGGGUGGAUUCCCUCGAGGCCAUGACCCGGAGGAGGCAGUAUGGAGAGGUGGCCAAUCUCCUCCAGGGUGUGGUGAAUGUCCUGGAGCACUUCAGCAGGUACACGGGGAUCCCGCAGAUCCGGCAGCUUUCUGAAAGGGUGAAGGCCGCCCAGAACGAGUUGGGACAGCAGAUCCUGGCCGACUUUGAAGAAGCUUUUCCUUCUCAAAGCACGAAGAGGGCUGGAGGACCCAGCAACGUCCUGCGGGACGCGUGUCUGGUCGCCAACGUCUUGGAUCCCAGGAUCAAGCAGGAGAUCAUCAAGAAGUUUAUCAAGCAGCACCUCUCUGAAUACCUUUUGCUCUUCCAGGAGAACCAAGACGUUGCCUGGCUGGAUAAAAUCGAUCGGCGCUAUGCUUGGAUAAAACGCCAGCUGGUGGACUACGAGGAGAAAUAUGGCCGCAUGUUCCCUCUGGAGUGGUGCAUGACCGAACGGAUCGCUGUGGACUUCUGUCACAUUACGAGGGCAGAGCUGGCGAAGAUCAUGCACACGAGAGCCAGGGAGAUCGAGGUGAAGUUGCUCCUGUUUGCGAUCCAGAGGACCACCAAUUUCGAGGGGCUGCUGGCCAAGCGCUUCUCGGGGAGCACCUUGUCUGACGCGGCGGUGAAGAAGACGGAGCCGCCGCCACCUUCCACCAACCCCUUCCUGGAGGACGAAACUACCCCGGAAGAAGAAGCCCCGAUGGAAAAGAGCGAUGCUGAGAAACCCAAAAGGCCAAAAGUCCCGGACAACCCCUUCCACGGCAUCAUUUCCAAGUGCUUUGAACCCCACCUCUACGUCUACAUUGAAUCCCAAGACAAAAACCUUAGCGAGCUGAUUGACAGAUUUGUGGGCGACUUCAAGGCCCAAGGUCCCCCCAAGCCAAAUGUGGACGAGGGCGGGGCUGUGCUGCCCAGUUGCGCUGACCUCUUUGUGUACUACAAGAAGUGCAUGGUCCAGUGUUCGCAACUGAGCACCGGGGAGCCGAUGAUUGCCUUGACCACCAUCUUCCAGAAGUACCUCCGGGAGUAUGCUCGGAAGAUCCUUUCAGGGAACUUGCCCAAGACAAGCAGCGGCAGCAGCGGCCUGACCAUCACCAGCCUUCUGAAAGAGAAGGAGGGCUCAGAAGUGGCCAAGUUCACCCUGGAAGAGCUGUGUCUCAUCUGUAGCAUCCUCAGCACUGCCGAAUACUGCUUGGCCACCACCCAGCAGCUUGAAGAGAAGCUCAAGGAGAAAGUGGACUCCAACCUGGUGGAAAGGAUCAACCUGAUGGGAGAAAUGGACACCUUCAGCCAAGUGAUCUCCAACAGCAUCGCGCUCCUGGUGCAGGACUUGGAUGCUGCCUGCGACCCUGCCCUCACGGCCAUGAGCAAGAUGCAGUGGCAGAACGUGGAGCACGUGGGCGACCAGAGCCCGUAUGUCACCUCCGUGAUCCUACAUAUCAAGCAGAACGUCCCCAUCAUCCGCGACAACCUGGCCUCCACCCGCAAGUACUUCACCCAGUUCUGCAUCAAGUUUGCCAACUCUUUUAUCCCCAAGUUCAUCAACCACCUCUUCAAGUGCAAGCCGAUCAGCAUGGUUGGGGCAGAACAGCUGCUGCUGGACACCCACUCUCUGAAGAUGGUCCUUCUCGACCUGCCGUCCAUCGGGUCCCAGGUGGUGAGGAAGGCCCCCGCCAGCUACACCAAGAUCGUGGUGAAGGGCAUGACCCGGGCCGAGAUGAUCCUCAAGGUUGUGAUGGCGCCCCACGAGCCCCUGGUGGUGUUUGUGGACAACUACAUCAAGCUCCUGGCGGACUUCAGCACAGACACCUUUCAGAAGAUCCUGGACAUGAAGGGUCUCAAACGGAGUGAGCAGAGCAGCAUGCUGGAUUUGUUCCGCCAGAAGCUCCCGGCCCUUUCCUCCGGGGUGGAGAACGCGGCCUCCGUGUCGCUGGCGGCCCCCACGCCCGAGCAGGAGUCUUCCCGCAUCCGCAAGCUGGAGAAGCUCAUCAAGAAGAGGCUCUGAAGACGGCGGGGGCCUUUUGCUGCUUCUGCCCCCCCCCCUCCCCCCCGGGCCGGUCCGAGUUCGAACUUGUACUGAUAAUGACAGUCCCGGGCCCAUUCCCUCCCUCUGCCUGGUUUCAGAGACAGCUCAGGUAUAUCCUCAGCAUCAAAACCUGCUGUCGAGAGAAUCUCAAGACUUGUUUCACUUGGGGCUCCUGGCAACAGGCUCUCUUCUUUUGAAUCUUCCCCGGCCAAAAAUCUCCCCGAGCCACGAACCGUUUCCUGCCUUCUUGCUCCCAGUCUGCUCUGUCUUCAUGUGGCCAAGAGCAUCCCAAUACACGACUCCUGCGUGGAAGGGCGAGAGUUGCGCUGCAUUGCUCUCAGCCCCCAACUCUGCUUCGGGGACCAGUCCCCCCGACCCUCCCUCUCCCAUUGGCUCGCCCCCUUUCCCCACACGCCUGCACUCAGCACCACGAGGGCAUUGUUGCUUCCAUGUGGGCGGGCUGUUCUGUGAACCGUGCACCUGCACGACCCCGUAAGAGAAUACCAAAACUGAAUCCAGGUAUACCGGGGCUUGAUCACUGGACGUUCCGGGACUCCCGGUCUCAGUCAAUCGAAAGCAGCCACGCUUGUCUUUCGAGGACUCUCGGAAAGGACACCUCUUAACAUUCGAAGCCUGUCAGUUUAAUCUCUGCCACACACCCCUUGAGUGUGGACUUUCCCCCCUUUUCCCUUAUUUCCGUCCAGCUUCCUGGUUCUCAGUUGUUCCAAAGGAUCAGGGAGGGUUGCCCCGUUUCGAGAAAGCUGGGCUUGCCGCCAGGAAGCCCUGUGGGGAGCUCUUCUCCUUCCCCAGUAAUGUCUCGUACAGCUUACCUGUCGUGGCCGGACGCAUGCUGAAAUUAUGUCAGGGCUCAAGGUAAGGUGUGUAAGAUAUUACCCUCUGUGUGCGUGCGUGCGCUUCUGUGUAAGUUUCAGCCCUGCUGCGGCAACCCUGCUUUUCUCAGAACGGGUAACUGUCCCCCACCCGGCUCUUUCUUGCGAUCCUGAGCUCUCCUUCACCCUCCUCGGCUGCCGGCCCACCGAGACCUUACUUGGACUUCCCUUAUGGCCAAGGCUGCUAGGAGGGGGCAAAGGUUGGUUCAGAGCAACUUGCCACUUUGGCACGUUCAUGAAACAAGCCAACAUAGCUAGCCGCGGCGUAAGAAAUCCUUUAGAUUUAGCUCCACAGGAGCGAGGGCUGCUUUGGGUUCUGCCCAGAGGCAAAGUAGGAUUGAAUAGCUGGACAGUGCCCAGGUUGUGUUUGCUUUCUUGCAAAACGAUCCCUGGUUCCCACCCCUCCCUUCCUUCUACCUUCGCUGACUGUUGCUCCUGCAUUCCUGGCUCAAGAUUCCUGAACAAGGUGACCCUUUCUUGUGCCCAGGCAUUCCGCAGGCUUCCUGGUGGUGAGCAGGCUUCCUGGAGGUGAGCAGAGCUACUUUUUUUUUUUAAAUGGCUCACAGGAUUUUCCUUGACUUUCCUUUUGCUGGGAGACACCCCAUUCUACAGGGCACUGUUUUGGAACAACUGAGUCCUCCAGGCCAGACUUCUGGAGCGGGCCCCUUGCUGACUCAUACCAGGCACUGCCAACUGGAACGGCUUGCUGAAACCAUGAAGGGCCAGGCAGAGGCAUAGGGAGGGGAAAUGACACCGCCCAUCCCCCCCCCCCGCCGUGCCCCACUUAGACGGUGGUCCUCUGGGGUCAGGCUUCUUCUGGUGUGUUGAAAGGAGGAGUCUAAUAAUACAAUUAUUGAUGUCUAGAUCAGAGGUGUCCAACUCUUAGCGCUUCCGAUGUUCAUGGACUACAAUUCCCUUCAGCCCCAAUUGGCCAGGCCAGCAGGGGCUGAUGGGGAUUGUAGUCCAUGGACAUCUGAAGCGCCAGAGGCGGACACCCCUGCCCUAGAUGUUGGCUGACUUCGUUGAACUUAAAUUUCAAAGUUUGAGAUAAUAUCUUUUUGUUUGGCAAAAAAGGGUUACAGGCCGAACCUUCUGCCUUUCCAACCGCCUCUGCUUGUCUCCUUUGGACCGUUGAUGUAGAGAACCAGGCGGUAUCUUCCAGGGGCUGCUAAAGCAGCGUCUCCACCCUCCUCCCCGGGAAUCGGUUACACUCCUUUGACCCUUUGUCCCAUUUGGUUGGGAUCCAGGUCACACAGUGUUGACUCUCGGAGCCGUUCAGCCUGGCAAAAGAACGCCGAGGCAGGUGGGUGUGAUUUUCACCUCUCGGUUUUAUGGACGUCCUUCCCUCAAGAGCAAACAGCACAACUGCUACAUCCGCACCCAGUCACACUCCACAUUCCAGAAUCAAUAGAGGCCAAAAAGGUGAAGGGAAAAAACAACAUUACUCCUGGCACGGAAUUUUUUUUUCUCACAAGCAGUUGACUUAAAAUGCAGGGGAGGGGGCCCAAAAAACCCUUCUGAUAGACAGCCCCCACCUGUUAAAUAAUUACAACUGCUCUUUUUCGCCCUUGCCCCUAACAGAAUAUGUAUUUUCUGUAUUUAUUAAACCAGAAUGUUUCUCGAUGUUACAUUAGGUGUUUCUGUUGUUGUUCAUAUUCUAUUAAUAAAGAGAAUGGGAGCGCCUUUUGAAAAA